AGGGCAUGACACGGAAUAUUAUCCACACGUUUAAACUUUCCCUUUGCCACUAGCUGAUCACGUGCUUGAACACAUAGUUGUGUUAAGCCUUUUCUCUACUAUGGAUACAGUUGCAAUAAUUCUUACAACUAUUUUCGGAUUUCUAGUUUUCUUGUGUGUAUUUUGGCGGAAAAAGAGAAACCUACCCCCUGGACCAACUCCAGUACCACUCCUAGGAAACCUGAUUCUGUUCCGUAAAGAUCCACGUGCAUAUAAAUUGUACACAAAGCUCGCGGAAGAAUAUGGAAAUAUUUACAGCCUUCACUGCGGGUCGACCCUUAUAGUUAUUCUUAAUGGAUAUGACGCAAUAAACGAAGCUUUCGUAAAACAGGCAGACGUUUUCACAGACAGGCCCCAGUUGUUUGUUCCGCUCAUUGGUGUCUCAAAGGGAACAGGUUUAACAUACAAUAGUGAUCGACCAUGGAAAAUCCUGAGACGGUUCGCUCUGCAAGCUCUAAGAGAUUUUGGAGUGGGGAAAAAGUCACUAGAAGAUAGGAUACAAGAGGAAGUGCAUGUUGUCAUGGAAACGUUGAAAAUCAGCGACGGACAGCCAAUCCGAGUUAAACCGCUGUUUUUGUCAGCUGCAACAAACAUCAUAUGCAGUGUCAUGUUUGGUGCAAGGUUUCAGUACACAGAUGACCGAUUCAAUGAGCUGACGGAUGUUCUAGACUCCAUAUUUCGACUUAACGCACCGUUUGCGAAGGAAAAUUUCUUUCCGUUCACCAGAAACCUCCCUGGCGGGAAAGAGCUAAUAAGAAAAAGAAGUGCUGCAAUAGAGAAAGUGAAACAGUACCUAGCUGUAACCAUAAAAGAACACGAGGAAACCUUUGACCCCGAUAUCAUACGAGAUUUCAUUGAUUUGUACAUUAAGGCGUCUCGAGACGAAUCAGACCCCGAGAUAUACACUGAAGCCAAUGUUUAUAAAGUCAUCGUUGACCUUUUCCUCGCGGGAGGGGAGACAACUGGAACAAGUUUAGACUGGUCCCUAUUGUAUAUGAUCACAUUCCCAGACACACAAAGGAAGUGCCAGGAAGAAAUUGAUCACGUUGUCGGUAAAAGCAGGUCCGUUGGUUUAGAAGAUAGGGGUAAAAUGCCAUACCUGGAAGCCACUUUGCUGGAAAUUCAAAGAAUAGCGAAUACUUUAACCUUCUCCCUUCCACACAUUGCAAAACAAGAUACCCAGUUGCUUGGAUUUGAUAUUCCAAAAGAUGCUAUCAUCAUUGCCAAUCUAUACUCCGCCCACAUCGACCAAAAGUAUUGGGAAGAGCCUCACAUGUUCAAACCUGAACGGUUUUUAAACGACGCUGGAUCCCUUAAACGAAGGGACGCUUUUGUCCCCUUUUCCACAGGUCCACGUUUUUGUAUUGGAGAACCACUUGCAAGAAUGGAGUUGUUCUUGUUUUUCACCAAUUUGCUGCAGAGGUUCCGGUUUUCGAUGGAUGAUAAAGACAACCCACCUUCACUUGACGGGAUACAGGCCCUUACAUUGACGGCACUGCCAUACCGCUUGGUGGCGAUUCCACGAUAACAUAUAGUGAAUAAAUAAAAGACUACAAAAA